AUGACGAACUAUGAGGACGGCAGGGAGGCGGCCGGCGGGAACAUGCAAGGCGAUCUUCGACUCCUGCCAUCAAUCCCGACAGAGAUUUCAGCAAAAGCGACCACCUCGACUCCUUGCAUGUCCACGAUCAAGAAUGAGGAAGGAAGGGGAGCGAGGAGGAUGCAAGGCAAAGUGGGGGCGACAAAGAUUGACGACGAUAGUGAGGUUGCGAGUGGCAGCGACUAUUCACUCAGAUCCAGUGGGUGGAUAUCGAUUCUUGCCUGUCACACACCAUAG